AUGGCGACCUCGUCGACGCAAAUCACCCCCGCCGUAGGGAUCCUCUCGAUAGGUGACAUGGGCAUGGGGGUUGCCCGGCUUCUCCGCCAUCACAAUUACACCGUCUACACGGUCGCCAAGGGCAGAAGGCAAGUGCUUUCAGAUCUCCACCCAGAUGACAUUGAACUCUUUGCUGAAUGGCCCUCAAGUCAGCAUACCCUUGACCGGAUCAAGUCGUCGCAGAUCACUACCUUGGAGUCGGACGAACAGCUCGUGGCUGAGGCGGACAUUAUCCUCAGCAUCGUGCCUCCUCGGGAUGCCAUAGCGACGGCUCGAAGGGCGCUGGAAGCCUGCCGCUCGCAGACGGCGAUCAAGAGGCGCAGCGAACGACGAGGCACUACGGCUGUAUCGCAGGCGCCGAGUCUGACGUACAUCGACAUGAAUGCCAUUAGUCCCAAGACGGCCCGAUCCAUCGCCUCCAUGUUCUCGACACCAUCGACUCCUGCCUUGCCCCGAAGACUGUCCAUCUCGCGCACAUUCUCCUUUCACCCGAAGAAAGAAUCCGAGCCAGAGCUGGACCCGAUCCCGAUCGACUUCCUCGAUGGCGGCAUCAUCGGGGCCCCUCCAUCACUCAAACCGGACCAGACCUGGAAGAAGCCGUCGAUCGUCGUGUCCGGGCCCAAGCACGCCGACCUCCUGACUCCCGCAAUGAUUGAGCUGAUGAACAUGCGGAUUGUCGGCCCCAAGAUCGGCACCGCAUCGGCGUUGAAGUCGUGUUUCGCCGCUUUGACCAAGGGCAUGACGGCGCUUUCGAUCCUGUCCUUCACCACGGCCCAGACGUGCGGUGUGCUCAAAGAACUCCAGGCCCACCUGCAGGAAUUCAGUCCGCAGCUGCUCGCCUUCGCCCAGGGAGGCCUGGUGAGCAUGCCGCCCAAAGCGUACCGCUGGGUGGAAGAGAUGCGGCAGAUCAACGAGACGUUUGCCGAAGAAGGUGGGUUCACCAACGCCGUCCUCUCCCCAUCCCCCUCUUCCCACAACGGAUCCGACCACGACAAUCACGCCCGUCACCAAUCCCCAAAUGGCACCCUCAUCGCCGGCAGCGGCAAUGGCAACGGCCACAGCCAGCGUGGGCCGGGAGGCGUCUUUGAAGGCAUCGCCGAUGUGUACAGCUUGAUCGCAAACGACACCGUCCUAGGCGACGAACGCGUCGAGCGUCGCAAACGCGGCACCAACCCCGAGGACGUGGCCGAGUGCGUCAGAGACGGCAUCGCCAGGAAGAAAAGGAAGUUGGCAGGGGACGAGUCCGAGUUGGAGGUCGCCUGGAGGGGCAGCUGGGGCGCUUGA